GCUCCUCCGGCGGGGCGUGGGCGCGGGGAGCAGCGCUCGGGGCGCGCCGGGGAGCUUGCCGCCGCCGGGGGCUGUGCCGCUGCAGGUGCCCGACGCGGGGCGGGCUGUUACCCCGGAUCCGGGCGGGUGUGGGGGUCCCUGCGUUCCGGGGAACCUCGUCAGCCCUCCUCCCGGGCCUGGCUCCUCCUCCUCCAGGCGUGGGGCUCGUGCCCGCCACAGCCUGCGCGCACCGCGCCUCGGCUCGCGUCCCCCCACCCCGCCCGCUCCUGCCAACGCCUCCCCUCCUCCUCUUCCUCCUCCUCCGCCCAUCAGCGCCACUACGGACGCCUGUGCCUCCCUCUACUCCUCGCACGGCGGCCGCCGCUCUCCGCGCUCCGCUCCGGCUUCCACCAGCCCAUCGCUCCCCGCUCGCUCGGCUGCUGCAGUCGCUCGCUCUCACUCGCGCGCUUUCUCGCUCUCCCUCAAGUUUCCUGUCUGCUCAGAUCAGGGCACGGGGAGGAAAACACGCGAUUCUGCUGGCUGUUUCAGAGCGGCAAUGAAGACGAAAUUAAAUACCUACAACGUGCAGUUGCUCCUUCUUGUUUUCUUGGUGUGGGACCCAGCCAGGUUGGUGCUGGCUAACAUCCAAGAAGAUGAGGCUAAAAAUAACAUUACCAUCUUUACAAGAAUUCUAGACAGACUUCUGGAUGGUUACGAUAAUCGGCUUAGACCAGGACUGGGAGACAGUAUUACUGAAGUCUUCACUAACAUCUACGUGACCAGUUUUGGCCCUGUCUCAGAUACAGAUAUGGAAUAUACAAUUGAUGUUUUCUUUCGACAAAAAUGGAAAGAUGAACGGUUAAAAUUUAAAGGUCCUAUGAACAUUCUUCGACUUAACAAUUUAAUGGCUAGCAAAAUCUGGACUCCUGAUACCUUCUUUCACAAUGGGAAGAAAUCAGUCGCUCAUAAUAUGACAAUGCCAAAUAAGCUUCUUCGAAUCCAGGACGAUGGGACUCUGCUGUACACAAUGAGGCUUACAGUUCAAGCUGAAUGUCCAAUGCACCUGGAGGAUUUUCCUAUGGAUGCCCAUUCAUGUCCUCUGAAAUUUGGCAGCUAUGCCUACACAACCUCAGAGGUCACUUAUAUUUGGACUUAUAAUGCAUCUGAUUCAGUACAAGUUGCUCCUGAUGGCUCCAGGUUAAAUCAGUAUGAUCUGCUGGGCCAAUCAAUUGGAAAAGAAACAAUUAAAUCUAGUACAGGUGAAUAUACCGUAAUGACAGCUCAUUUCCACUUGAAAAGAAAAAUUGGGUAUUUUGUGAUUCAGACAUAUCUGCCUUGCAUCAUGACUGUCAUUCUCUCCCAAGUGUCAUUCUGGCUUAACAGAGAAUCUGUGCCUGCAAGAACUGUGUUCGGAGUAACAACUGUUCUAACAAUGACAACUCUAAGCAUCAGUGCUCGGAAUUCCCUCCCCAAAGUGGCCUAUGCAACUGCCAUGGACUGGUUUAUUGCUGUUUGUUAUGCAUUUGUGUUCUCUGCCCUAAUUGAAUUUGCAACUGUUAACUACUUCACCAAAAGAGGAUGGGCUUGGGAUGGGAAGAGUGUAGUAAAUGACAAGUCCCCUUCAAUAAAAGCUGAAGGCAUUACAUUAACAUACAACUCAGUGAAGGCAAUUCUUCAAGGCGCUAAACUAAUAUGGUCCAAGUAUAUAGCUUUCUCAUGGCCCAAUUUAAUCCAAGGAAAGACUUUAGAGUACUUAGAGAAGUGGAUGGACUGUAUAACCUUCAAACAAUCUUCUAAAAAAGAAAAAGCCUCUGUCAUGAUACAGAACAAUGCUUAUGCGGUGGCUGUUGCCAAUUAUGCCCCGAAUCUUUCAAAAGACCCAGUUCUCUCCACCAUCUCCAAGAGUGCAACCACGCCAGAACCCAAUAAGAAGCCGGAGAACAAGCCAGCGGAAGCCAAGAAAACCUUCAACAGCGUUAGCAAAAUUGACAGAAUGUCUAGGAUAGUUUUCCCAGUUUUGUUUGGUACAUUUAAUUUAGUUUACUGGGCUACGUAUUUAAACAGAGAACCUGUAUUAGGGGUCAGUCCUUGAAUCAGGACACAAGUAUCUUUGGGAUGUAUAGCAACAUAGAACUUUGUUUUGCUAUGUACAGUCUGACUAAUAACUGCUAAUUUGUGAACCAAUAUGUACAGUAUGUAUAUAGCUAUAUAGCUUACCAGUAGACCUCGAACGGAGACACGCAUUUGCUAACUUGUGGAAUUGCAGGCAGAAAGCACCCCAUACCCAAAGAGCCAUUGCCUUUUUUAAAGAUUUACCCUAGGAACUCAUUUAAAGUGGCUUUCUCAUUAAAGUGGCCUGGUUUAUUCCCUACUAGUGAUGAAAAUGGGGCUCCUAUACCACACUUGAUGAACUCUUUCGAUUUAGAUCUUAAAUAUUAGGACUAUUUUCUACCGUAGCCUAACUAUAACGUAAGAUAACACUGUCGUUCCAAGAUGAAUUCUCCUAAAUCACAGAACCUCGUAUCUGCCACAUCUGUUCCCUUCAUGAGUGCUCGGAAACCCUGCUAGUGUAAUUGGAAGCUUAGCACACAUCAGAAGAAAAAACUAGGAUCUGAAAUCAGCUUUUAAUUACUCUGUAUAGCAUCUAUAGCAACAUAUUACCGCAUGACAAGCUCAAAUAAUUAUGAAUCACUCCUGACAGGAUGUUAAUUAUGCCUAGACUUUAGUAACUAUCAGAAUGUCACAGUCAUUACAUUUUAGCCUCAGAGUUUAUUUGAGAGUAAUAAUUGAAAUCCUACAGAUUAUUUUAAUCAUUGGAAACUACCUUAAAUUAAAAAAAAAAAAAAAAAGACAAAUGUAUCUUACUCUUUCCAGGUAUGUGUUGUAUUGAAAUUGAUCAGCUAAAUUUUCUUGGUGCUGGCGACUGGAAAAAGCAUCCCACUUGGCUGCUGUAAAGCAACAUUCAUGUCGAUCAGAAAAUUGUGCCAAAAACUCCCACCAAUGAGAAUUCAUAGGUGUCCCAGCGUUUAGAUGAGCACUUAAACGAUUCUCUUCUUUCCUGUUUACUGCAAAUUCUGCCUUAAGGCUUCUCGUCAUCAGGACUCAGAAGCCACUAAUUACAAAGGAAAGGGCAGUUAAUUGGCACUUUUUUCUGUCUUGAAGCAGCACUUUCAGAUCAGAAUUAAUGUAAAUCUGCUUUUGUAAAUUGCAACUUUAAAUUUCACUGACUCAAAUUUACAACAGCUUUGUAUACCAGAAGAGGUUUUGGUAAGAGUUGAACAUUUUUAAACAGAAACUUCAAAGCAUCACCAACAGAUCGUGGAUUAGUUCACACGCACAUACGUAAAUGAGCAUGUGCGUGUGCACGCGCACGCGUGCGCACACACACACACACACACACACACUGAUUAACUAAAUUAGAACGCACGCGAAUAACUAAAUUAGAAACCACAGUUUUCAAUUUUAUAUGAUUACUAAUUAUUAAUGGAUAAAAUUCAUUUUUCUUUUAAUAUUUUAAAAUAUACUCUGUGCCCCUGAAAUGUGUUAAUAGAAGUUAACAAUUGUGUCUCAUGCCUAGAUUUAACAUUUUUGGAAAACCUGAAAACCUUUUGACUCACAUCUACAUUAGCAGUUAUUAGUUGACUUUUACUAAUAGAUACACCUUUAUGAUGGUGUUUUUGUAGAAACAUAAGUAGUCAAAUAGUGGCAUUUCUUGCAGUUUUGUACAGUAUUUCAGUAUAGUGCAUAAGUAAGUAUGUUCAUAAAAUCAAAUAAAAGGAGUAUCUUAUGGAAAUAAGCAAAAUCACAGCAAAACUUGUUAUUCCUUUGCCUCGUUUAAAUUUUUUUCAUUUUCUUUGUUUUAGUGUGAUUCUAUUAUGUGCUUUGCAUGACUGUAUUAAUACCAAGGUCACAAAUGCAUCUUAUUAACAGAAUUUGCCGUGGAGACAGCUUUGACAUUAAAAAUUCCCUCACUAAAGGGAACUGAAUUCUACCAUGGUACUAUAGAUACUACAAGAGCGCCAAAGCUCUGUGGAUUCUGUCACUACCAUACUUUGGCAUGACCUGUCAUCGUUUCAAUGGGAGGGAAGGGAAGUAAGUCAAGUCACCUUCUGCAAAGUCAUGGUUCUUCAACAGCCAUUAAGACUGUUUUCAAAUGCUCCAUUCUUGACGUCUUAGACAAUAACUGUGAAACAGGGAAUGAUUUAUUAUUUAUUUAACUUGAAAUCUGAGACCAUAUUAAUAGAUUUGUUAAUAAUAAAUUUACCAAACACCAAACUGUAUAGGUUGACCCUGUUGUUAGUUUUCUGACAUUCUUACAUGCAUUUGCAUAUUUUUGAAGCAAUUUGCGGAUUUUUUUUUCAUAUAAAACGAUUCAGAAUUUCAAUGGAGUCAAGUUGACCCAUUGCUACCCUGUAGUACAUUUAUUUACUAUUUUGAAAAAAAUUAAAUUCAAUUAAUUAAUAGUGUAUUAUUAGUUUCAGAGGUAGAGUUCGGUGAUUUGUCAGUUGCAUAUAAUACCCAGUGCUCAUUCAUCUCAUGCGCUCCUUAAUGUCCAUCACCCAGUUACCCCAUUGCUGCCCCACUCCACUCCCCUCCAGCAACCCUGUUUGUUUCCUAUGAUUAAGAAUCUCGUAUGGUUGGUCUCCCUCUCUGAUUUCCUCUUGUUUUAUAUUUCCCUCUCUUCCCUUAUGCCCCUCUGUUUUGUUUCUUAAAUUCUACAUAUGAGUGAAAUCAUACAAUAAUUGUCUUUCUCUGACUGACUCAUUUUGCUUAGCAUAAUACUCUUUAGUUCCAUCCAGUUGUUGCAAAUGACAAGAUUCGUAUAAAAAAUUUCAGAAUUUCAAGGGAAUCAAGCUGACCCAUCGCUACCUUGUAGUGAAUUAAUUUUCCUUUUAACUGAGGUUUCAUGGUACUGUGGGUUUCCCUCUUAUUAAUUCAGAGUGUAGAGAAGCAUACCAUUUAAACUGAGAAGGGCUGUGGUUAUUUUUGAUAUCCAUGCUUGGAAUACAGAGACACUGUAUCAAAAUUACUCAUAAUAGUGUGGACAAGACAAAGUAUAAUCAUUUUUCUUUAUUGAAUUCAUGCUUUAAAAGGUGAAAUCCAGUAUUUAAUGAAAUUUUAAUAUCCAUAAUCUUUUUUAACAAGCAUUUGUAUAAAAGAUACUAAUAUUUUCCAUUAGUAUAAUCACUCAUAUUUUCAUCAUAUUCAAAAACAAAUUUAGGACCUCAAAAACAGGAAAAGAAAUAUCAAAAAGAAAAAUCCACUAGAAAAAAUGAGGAUGUUGCCAAUUAAACCUAGUAAAGGAUUUUCCCUUUUUAACUCCCAAGAAAAGGGAAAAAUUAAAUAUGCAUAAAUAUAUACACAAAUGUUUAACAGUUAUGAUUCCAUCAUGAUAAGCAUCAUGAUUAAAAUACUAAAAUAGAAGGAAUUCAUGUGAAGGCAUGUGGGAAAAGUAAUAAAAAAUAUUCAAAAUCUAUUAUAAGAAUUUUGUAUCAUGUUUUUCUUGGAAAUUCUUAAUCACUUAGACAUAUAAAUAUUAGACAUAUUUAUAUCACUGUUUUCAACUUUCUUUAGUUGAAAUAUUCUAUUUGUAUACAUGAAAAACAUUUUCUCAUAUAAAUAAUUAUAACACCACUUUAAAUCACUUUCUCCAUGUUGUAGUUAAUAUGUAAUAUCAGUUAAUAUGACCAGUAGGGAAGAACAACCAAUAGAUGUUCCAAUUUAUAGUUCCCAAAGAAUCCUUAAUAAGUUCUUACCUUUGAUUAGAAAUGCAUGUGUGUAUGUGUAUGUGUGUGUGUGUGUGUGUGUAUUUCCAGGUAUGAAAGAACAUUUUGAGAAAUUCAGACGAUUUUAUGAAAUCUAAACAAUUUAUUUUAUUAAUGGGUCCAAUCUCAAAUUAACUCUUAUUAACUUAGUUAAUAGAAUAUUUUUUUCAAUAGAUCCAUAACAGACUUAUUAGUUGGAAUUUAGUCUUGAGCUAUACAUAUGGUUGGAGAUAUCCUUCCUAUAAAGUUGUAAACAUCUUUCUGAUGUAUUUCUACUUGGUUCAAAUUGAUUUCCCAAUUUCGCUUAUAAGGCAGGAUAGAAAAAUCUUUGAAUUCCAAGUUUGUAAAUGGAAGUUUGCGAAAGAUUUCAUUAAAUUAAAUAUGUGGUUGAUUGUAGCCAAAUGCCUAGUUAUCUAUAUUCAUUACUGACUGGUCAGUUUCAUACCUUUUUGAAUUGAAAUGGCUUGUGGAGAGCUCAUCCCGUCCUAGUCAGUAUUCUAAGCCCUUCACAUAGAAUACCUCAUUCAGUCCUCACAACAACCGGAAAUCACUGUGUGAUUCUUGAAGUUCUGGAAGUUUAGAAUUUCUAUAUAUACACAGACAUGCUGGUUUAACACGUAUUUUAGACAAAGUAAAAAAAAAAAAAAAAAAGCUGUAUUUUUCUUUGCUUUAAUUCUUAUUUAUAUUCAUACCUUUUGGGGGGCAUCAAUCCAUUGAAAAGUCUACCAUCUGCUUUUCUAUAAGACAAAACCAAGGAAACACUGAACUAUAAAGCAACCAAGAACCCAUUUUUGGGUUAUUCACAAACAUUGGUUACAAUUUAGUUUCUAGGAGUAUGUUACAUUUUUCUUUUUUGAACCAUAUGUAAUGAUAAUGCAUAAAAAUGCUUAAAAUUAAGCACACUAUUUUGUUUUCUUUCUUUCUUUUUUCUUUUCUUUUUGCCAGUUUUGUUAGGUGUUGGAGAGGUUUUAUUUUAUUUGCCACAUGGUUGGUUUCAUGACAUUUAAACUCAUUGGACUUAAAGAAUUAUGUAUUGACUUCAUCUUUUUGUUGCAAGUUACUAUUUAUAGAAACAAGUCUAAACAGACCCUAAAUACAUUCCAGAGUUGGGAUUGUUAGUGUUGAAAUAGCUCAGUUGGUGUGAGAAUUUCAGUUUUUCAUGCUUCGUUUUAGAAGACUUACUUUACCAUGACAUGCUGUCAAAUUCCAGUCUAGAUUAUUGUAUAAAAAUAACUACUUCCCACAAAGUUCAUUUGUGAGAACAAAUGAUAUUAGGAAAGCAAAACAAAGGAUUUUGAUACUGAAUUACUUUAGAAAUAAUGGCUGAUAGAUUCAUUCCCAUAUUUAUGUUUAAAAUACUCAGCGUAGUAUUUGAAGUACUUGGCUGUGUUUUGAAUUCUGCAUAAUGUGUGAAGAAGUUUAAUGUAUGAUUAGAAUGGCUUAAAUGAAACUGAACUUUGAGCCACAGUUUUUAUGAAUUAAACUUUACCAUCCACGGAUAAGUCCUCAGUUAUUUAUUGAUCUUAGGUGCCUGCUCUGUAAUUGAUUUCAAGUUUGUUGGUAUCCAGUUUUCUUUAAGAUUCUUCUGAGCAGAUACAAAUUCAUGUUUUGGUGUGUUCUAAAAUGAGGAAUGUGACCUUCCAUGAAAUAUUCCCUUUAGAGUUGACAUGCAUGAAAACUUAUGAAAGCUUCAUAUUUGUUGCUAAAUUUGAAAAAAAAAAAAAAAAAAACCCAGAAAGGAAUGAAAUGUUUUCCCCUUGCUACAUAUUAAUAAUAAAAUUACAUGCAUAGACAAUGCAUGAUACAGCUCCAACACUAAACUUGGAAUAUUCACAUAAGGUGAAAUUUGAAAUUUUCUGGGUGACAAUAUACUUGUAUGGUAGGUUUUCUCAUUUGAGAAUAUCAUUCGAGAGCUAAUAAUAUUUGUAAUUUGUGACCUUGUUGUAAUUGGGAAAAGUCACUAUUUUUCACAUAUGUAAGAUAAUUUGGCCUUUAUUGAAUGUGUCAUUAUGCUUGCUGUUUAAAAAAAAAUACUAAUCAAUCACACACAAAUUAAUGCUAAACAUUAUCUUUUUGUAUUUAUUAAAAUUAAUUUAAAUAUAUUUGAUCUGCAAAUUGUGUUUU